CGCAGCUCUCCUCCCCGGUGCGCCUAAACUCCGGUACCUGAGCACCGAGCGGAGCGUCCAGCGGCUGAAGGGGGCGCAGACGCACGGGGAGCGAAAGAAACGCCCGCUCCUACUUAACUACACUUUUACCUUUUGGUGAAAACUUGUGCGUCUCAUGCUUCUGUUUCCCCUUAUCAUCCUCUGAUUCAUCUUUUUGUCAUCCUGCUGACGGACUGAGUUUGGAUUCUGGCAGAGGGGCGGGAGGAGGAGGCAGGGGAGCGCUGAGCGGCUCUCAGAUGGAGCACCGGGGCUCCUGGAGCUCAGGGCGCACGGCAAAUCCGGAGUGAGGGACGCUGGUAAAUGGACGCUGCUCACCGGUUGGGGCUGUUCACGGCGCCGCCAUGACGGGCACCCAGGAGCCAGACCUGCACGAGCAGCAUGGAGGACCGACGCAGGAGGGCGAGGACGAGGACGACGAUGGGGAGAAGGUACAUGUGUCAGUGGAGGAACAAGAGUUGGAGAACAAAGGGGAGGAAGGGGAGGAGAAGGAAAAGGAAGAGCUGCCGUACCCCUCCCUAGCACCAGUAGUUCUGUUGGCGCUGACCCAAACCAGCCCUCCCCGCUCCUGGUGCCUCCGUGUUGUCUGCCACCCGUGGUUCGAGCGAGUCAGCAUCUUGGCCAUCCUGCUGAACUGUGUGACUCUGGGGAUGUUCCAGCCUUGUGGCCACACCUCAUACCUGCUGCAGGCUCUGGACGAUGGGAUCUUUGCGUUCUUCGCCGGGGAAAUGGUGGUGAAGAUGGUCGCUCUGGGGGUCAUUGGUCAGAAGGGUUAUCUAGGCGACACAUGGAACAGAUUGGACUUCUUCAUCGUUAUUGUGGGAAUGCUGGAAUACUCGCUGGACGGACACAACGUCAGCCUAUCCGCUAUCAGGACUGUCCGGGUUCUCCGCCCCCUACGAGCCAUCAACAGAGUUCCCAGCAUGCGCAUCCUGGUGACCCUCCUCCUGGACACACUUCCAAUGCUGGGCAACGUGUUGGCGCUCUGCUUCUUCGUCUUCUUCAUCUUCGGCAUCGUCGGCGUUCAGCUGUGGGCGGGGCUACUGAGGAACCGCUGCUUCAUGGGGGAAGAUUUCAGAAUGAGAUACAACAUCACCUUCCUCAAUAGCUAUUACCGGCCUGAUGGCACAGAUGACCAUCCAUUCAUCUGCUCCAUGGAGAGGGAGAACGGGAUGCUUCGGUGCUCCGACGUGCCUCGUCGUCGCGUGGGACGGACGUACUGCUCUCUGGGUGCUGAGGAAGCCCAGUCGGAGACGGCGCUCACAGCAGACGGGCCCGCGUCGUGUGUGAACUGGUACCAGUACUACAACGAGUGCCGGACUGGGGAAAUAAACCCUCACAAAGGAGCUAUCAACUUUGAUAAUAUCGGAUAUGCAUGGAUCGCUAUAUUUCAGGUAAUUACCCUGGAGGGUUGGGUAGAUAUCAUGUACUACGUGAUGGACGCGCACUCCUUCUACAACUUCAUCUACUUCAUUUUUCUCAUCAUCGUGGGCUCCUUCUUUAUGAUCAACCUGUGCCUGGUCGUCAUCGCCACCCAGUUUUCUGAAACUAAACAGAGAGAACACGCCUUAAUGAAGUCGGAGCAGCGCGCCCGCCAGCUCCACCAGUCCGCUUCCACGUUGGCCAGCUACAGCCAGCCCGGGAGCUGCUACGAGGAGAUCAUCCGCUAUCUGGCCCACCUGAGUCGUAAGGCGUGGCGGCGGCUCUCCCGCUGGACUGCUCGGACACGUGCGCGUCUCCGCUGCGCGUGCGUCUGCCGGAAGGGGAGCGAGUCGGCUCGGGGGGCCGGAGUCGGGGAGAUGAACGGACUCGCCAACCGGCACUCGGGCCACGCCCCCAACGACUUGUUGCAUCUUCAUCAAGUUUAUCAUCUCCAUCACCAGCAGCAUCACCAUCAUCACCAACAACAGCAGCAGCAGCAGCAGCAGCCUCAGUCGGAGCUGGCCGUCUGCAACGGAGGGAACGGGCUUAAUUAUCCCUUCAUAUCGCCGCUCCUGAGUCACCUGGAUGAUAAGGACCGGGACCAGAAGAGGAUGGUUGCCACAGAGACCAUUAACAGAUUGCCGCAGCUGGUGCUCGAGCACGGUGGUUCUACGGGGCGUUCCUCUUUGCCUCUGCCAGGUGAAUCCCUCGGAGAUCCAUCGGUGUGUCCGUACUGCGUCUACUACAACCAACUCAGCGAACAUCCAAACGAGCAGCUGGAGGACCAGCACCAUGGAAACUCAGGCAACAGCGACAGCCCGUGUCACAGUGACAGCCCCUGUCAUGGUGAUCCGCAGUCGUCUGAGCCAAAGACAAGACUCUGGGAAUGCUGUUGGCUGAGACUCCAAAACAAGCUGGAACUUAUCGUCGGCAGCAGAUACUUCAGCCGAGGAAUCAUGAUUGCCAUCCUCAUUAACACUCUGUCGAUGGGCAUAGAGUACCACGAGCAGCCGCAGGAGCUGACGGAUAUUCUGGAGAUCAGUAACAUGGUGUUCACCAGCCUCUUCAGUCUGGAGAUGGUCCUGAAGGUGCUGGCUCUCGGGCUCUUUGGCUACAUCAAGAACCCUUACAACGGCUUUGACAGCAUCAUUGUCAUAAUCAGUGUGUGGGAGAUUGUGGGCGAGGCUGAGGGAGGCCUGUCGGUGCUGCGUACCUUUCGCCUGCUGAGAGUUUUGAAGCUGGUGCGCUUCCUUCCUGCUCUGAGGAGACAGCUGGUGGUGCUCAUGAAGACCAUGGACAACGUGGCCACAUUCUGCAUGCUCUUAAUGCUCUUCAUUUUCAUAUUCAGCAUUUUGGGGAUGCAUCUGUUUGGCUGUAAGUUUGGUUUGCGUCAAGACAGCGGAGAAACUUUGGCAGACAGGAAAAACUUUGAUUCUCUGCUGUGGGCGACCGUCACCGUGUUCCAGAUCCUCACCCAGGAGGACUGGAACGCCGUGCUUUACAACGGGAUGGCCUCCACCUCCCCGCUGGCUGCCCUCUACUUCGUGGCCCUCAUGACGUUCGGAAACUACGUCCUCUUCAACCUGCUCGUUGCCAUUUUAGUCGAGGGCUUUCAGGCUGAAGGCGACGCCAACAAAUCCGAGUCCGAUGACGAGAGGCAGUCACUCGGCUAUCAGGAUGAGGAGAAGCUCAGGGAGCUCUACGCUGCAGAACUCAAGAUCCAGGCCAUGAUGCUGAGCCCCAAUGGUCUCCUGAACCCCAAAGCCUCGAUGCCUCCACACGCUGCCCCUCUGCUGCCCGUCAUCACACACACCGCAGCCACGCCCACCAUGAACACCAACCAGUCCCGCAGGCCGAGCGGAGUCUCCAUGGAGGUCAACAGCUUGGAGCAGAGAUCGCUGUCUCUGUGGGACAGCGGUCCGGAGAGCCGUCGCUCCAGCUGGACGAGCAUCAGCCGAGCCCCCAGCCUGCACCGGAGGAGCCAGUCGGGAGAGAUGGAGUCCCUUCUGUCAGACAUGCACACAUGCUCCAGCCACAGCAGCAGGGAGCAGUCUCUAGACCAGUCGGACCACCUACAGGUGCCCAUGCUGCUCUCGCCAGAUUGCAACGGCACCACGUUUCACCUCCCGGAGCUAAGCUACGAUGAGACCAUGUCAUAUUACCACAGUGAUCCUGAAGAGGAAGAGCUCGAAGAGAGUUUAUGUAAGAGGCUGAAGAAGUUGCUGGAGCCAUAUGAGCCACAGUGGUGCCGAGAGCAUGAAGAGUGGUCGCUGUAUCUGUUUGCUCCACAUAACGAGUUCAGGCUCUGGUGUCAGAGGGUCAUAAGUCACAAGAUUUUCGAUCACGUUGUGCUGCUUUUCAUUUUCCUGAACUGCAUCACCAUAGCGCUGGAGAGGCCCGACAUACCUCCUAAAAGCAUGGUAGAGCGAGUGUUUCUCAGCGUGUCCAAUUACAUCUUUACCGUCAUCUUCGUGGGCGAGAUGAUGAUCAAGGUUGCGGCGAUGGGCCUGUACUUUGGAGAAGGCGUGUACCUGCAGAGCAGCUGGAAUGUCCUGGAUGGCGUGCUGGUGUUUGUGUCCAUGGUGGACAUCCUGGUCUCCAUCGCAUCGGCGGGCAGCAAUCGGAUCCUGGGCAUGCUGCGAGUCCUUCGCCUGCUUCGCACCCUGCGGCCGCUCAGGGUGAUAAGUCGGGCUCCAGGUUUAAAGCUAGUCGUCGAGACGCUGAUCACAUCUCUCAGACCGAUUGGAAAUAUUGUUCUCAUCUGCUGCGCGUUUUUCAUCGUGUUUGGAAUCCUGGGAGUGCAGCUUUUUAAGGGCAAAUUCUUCUACUGCGACGGGCUAAAUGUCACCAACAUCAGCAACAAAACCGAGUGUCUGCAGGCGGGUUAUCGCUGGAUUCGGCGGAAAUACAACUUUGACAACCUCGGACAGGCGCUGAUGUCGCUCUUCGUGCUGUCCUGUAAGGACGGCUGGGUGAGCAUCAUGUACGACGGCCUGGACGCUGUUGGGGUGGACCAGCAGCCGAAAAGAAACAACAACCCUUGGAUGCUACUGUUCUUCAUCUCUUUCCUCCUCAUUGUCAGCUUUUUUGUGCUCAACAUGUUCGUGGGCGUGGUGGUGGAAAACUUUCACAAGUGUCGCCAGCAGCAGGAGGAGGAGGAAGCCAGGCUGAGGGAGGAGAAACGACUGAAGCGGCUGGAGAAAAGGAGGAGAAGAGCCCUGGAGAAGCCAUAUUACUCCGACUACUCCCCACUGCGCCGAUCCAUACACACAGUUUGCACCAGCCACUACCUGGAUCUCUUCAUCACCAUCAUCAUCUUCACAAACCUCCUCACUAUGAGCAUGGAGCACUACAACCAGCCUCAGUACCUGAACGAGAUACUGAAAUACUGCAACUACGUCUUCACGCUGGUUUUCGUCAUCGAGGCAAUCCUGAAGCUCAUCGCUUUCGGUCUGCGACGGUUUUUCAAAGAGAGAUGGAACCAGCUGGACCUAGCCAUCGUGUUGUUGUCUAUAAUGGGAAUCACGCUGGAGGAAAUAGACCUGAAUGCUUCCCUCCCCAUCAAUCCCACAAUCAUACGGAUCAUGAGGGUCCUCAGGAUAACAAGAGUGCUGAAGCUGCUGAAGAUGGCCACAGGGAUGAGGGCUCUGCUGGACACAGUGAUGCAAGCCCUGCCUCAGGUGGGGAAUCUGGGUCUGCUCUUCAUGUUGCUGUUCUUCAUCUAUGCAGCUCUGGGAGUUGAGCUCUUUGGAAAACUGGAGUGUUCAGACGACAACCCGUGCGAGGGUCUCAGUCGCCACGCCACCUUCGACAACUUUGGCAUGGCUUUCCUCACGCUCUUCAGGGUGUCCACCGGAGACAACUGGAAUGGGAUUAUGAAGGACACGCUGCGGGACUGCCGCCCAAACGAUCGCCACUGCCUCAGCUACCUGCCGCUGAUCUCCCCCGUCUACUUCGUCACCUUCGUCCUCACGGCGCAGUUCGUGCUCGUCAACGUGGUCGUCGCCGUGCUGAUGAAGCACCUGGAGGACAGCAACAAGGAGGCGCAGCUGGAGGAGAUGGAGGAGAGGGAGGAGCGGAAGGAGAUGGAGGAGAGGAGAGAGAGGGAGAAGGAGGAGGCGGCCCGGCGUCUCAGCUGCGCGUCGGUGGGCGGAGACCUGGAGAUGAGCGCGGACACACCUGUCCAGGUGCAGGUGGAGGAUGAGGAGUGUUCCCAUGGAAACCUGCAGAGGAUGGGACGCAUGCUGUCUCUCCCCAGCGACAACUACGUCCCGCCUCUCAGACGCUCCUCUUACGCUCCCAUUAGCCAGGAGGCCGUCCCCGGCUACAGCUACUCAGGCUCCAUGUCCUCUCUGGGUUCCAGCGGAGGCAGCUCUCUGCUGCAGGUUCCAGGAGCUCUGCCUGCAAUGAGCCACGCUUCGCUGGGGUCCGGACGCAGCACCAGGCCAAUAAUCUGGCUCAGCGCCUCUCCGGCCACCGACAGGCGCCCAGUACACAGACUGACUCCAGCCGACAGCAUGGACGGAUACAGGCUCAGCUCGGCUCAUCGGACAAACAGGCACAGACUGAGCUCAGCUCAUAGCAUAGACGGGUACAGAUUCAGUCCGACGCAUCGGAUAAACAGACACAGACUCAGCUCCACUCACAGCAUGGACGGAUACAGGCUGAACCCGGAUCCGAACACAGACAGUCCGAAGCUGCUGUCCAGCCACAGUAUAGACAGAUAUCCGUCCGUCAGGCUGAGUCCUACAGAUGCUGAGAGCAGACGCGCCUGCUGGCUCAGUCCUGAGGAGAGUCUGGACAGAAACAAGCUCAGUCCCACCUACGUUCCAGAGAGUUCGGUCCUGAAGAGACCCGCAUCCUUCCGCUCUGCAGGCAGACAGUUAAGGAGACAGGAGGCCGUGCGCUGCGACUCCCUGGAUCAGAGCGGCUCGGCUGACGACCUGGCAGAGACCUGCCUCACUGUGCCCACGGCCUCGUCAUCUCCGUCGCGCCAGCGAUCGUCCAGCGUGCACACACUGAAAUACGCUCACCCCCAGAGGGUGAUCUCAUGCAGGAGCCACAGCCGGAGCCACAGCGAGACCACUACCCACGAACACGUACCUGAGCAGGCCAUCUGCGGCUCGCAGCCAGACACAGACGCAGAGAAAAGGCCCGUCAGCCCGCAGGACUCGUGCAGCUUGAAGGUCACCAGCACUGAAUCCACCCUUUCCUCUCCGCUCUCUUACUCCAGAGCGGCCUGCCCUGGCGCUGGCGCUGGAUCAGACCCCGCCCCCAAGCUGGACGCUGCUGAUGAGGAGGUCGAUCUUAUAAACAGCUCAGUCACACAGCCUCCUCCCGGCUCUUUACAGACAAGCGGACACCUCUCCCCGAGUCCUGGGGAGCACCGGAAUCGGCUCAGUGACUCGGCGUCGCCCGUUUCAGGGAGGAGCAGGAAGCAGCGGAUGAGCCCGCCGCCGGGGGAGGAGCCAGUCACAAUGGCGACUCAGUUUAUAGACAGCAGCGUCGAGCUGAGGAGGCGGACUCUGUCGUUUGACGCCACAUGCCUCUCUCCUAAUCAGCAGGAGGGGAGCUCCGUGGAUGACUGACUAAAGAUCUACGCAUCAGAAGGACGGGAGCUGCCAUGGGAAACGGGAGGGUUUCCUGUCCUGCUCUCUUUUCAGAAUCACUCAGUGUGUGAGAACAAGUCACGAUGUGUGUAUGAGGGAGGAGAUCUAAAGACACUUUUGUGAUUCUUGCUCACAAAGAAAAUGCACACGUAAAAGAGAAGUUUCCUUUUCUUCUAUCAUAGUCUUAGCUUUAGUUCAGGCACGGUAGCUGCCACGUCUCGGCUAUAUUUACUCAAGUGGUAAAACCUUCCUCUUGCUUGCUCUCCUCCCCAUCAGUCGUCUUUUUCCUACAAGCCUAGGUCAGAGUACAACACAGAGAUUGUAACGUUUCUUCUGCGCAGUGCCUUGCAUAAGUAUUCACACCCUUUUUGAACUUUUCCACGUUUUGUCACGUCACAAAAACAAGCUGCCGUGCAUUUGAGUGGGAUUUCCUGUGACGGAUCGACACAAAGUGGUGCGUAAUUGCAAAUCUAAAUGAAAUUGAUUCCUUGCUUUCGACAUGUUUUACCAAUAAAAAUCUGAAAGGUGUGUCAUUGUGUUCAACCUUUCCUGAGUCAGUACAUUCAGCCAGAUUUUACUGCAAUUACAUCUUGAAUUAAAUGUUUCUAUCAGCUUUGCACAUCGAAAGACCAUGAAUCGUUUGCCCAUUUUUCUUUGCAAAACACCUCAUGCUCAGUCAGAUUGGAUGGCGAGUAUCAUCUGCCAUUAUCAGAUCAUCUGCCAUUACCAUAUAACAUAGAUAGGAUUCCUGGAUCAAUGGAUCGUAUUUCUGUGCUUUUUGUCGGUCGAGGCAGA